UUGGUUUACCACGGAGCGGGAGACACACCCACUUCAAAAUGUAAACAAGGUUGAAAAUGGAGGCUAUCUAUACAUCAUGGUUGAGAAUUUUUAGCAGAUCGAAGGGAAAUAUUGUUGGAAUGAUACAUUUAUCUGCAAGUCCUGGAACGCCAAGAUAUCAAGGAUCUGUGAGGAAGAUUGUGGAAAAGGCCGAGUAUGAAGCUAAACUGUACAAGGAAGCUGGUGUGGACAGUGUGUUAGUAGAGAACAUGUAUGAUAUCCCAUACCUGCACACACAAGAUGUUGGUCCGGAAGUUGUCUCGGUUAUGACUAGGGCCUGUACCAGGGUCAGACACAUGUUUGAUACCGGUCCAGUAGGAGUACAAACACUGGCAGGGGCAAACAAACAAGGUUUAGCUGUUGCUUUGGCUGCAGAGUUGGAUUAUAUGCGAGCUGAAGGGUUUGUUUUCAGUCAUGUAGCAGAUGAGGGUUUAAUGAAUGCCUGUGCUGGUUCCCUUCUGAGGUAUCGGAAAAUGAUUGGGGCAGAACAUAUACAGAUCUUUACUGAUAUCAAAAAGAAACACAGUGCUCACAGUAUAACAGAGGAUGUUAGUGUACAGGAGACAGCCCAGGCGGCAGAAUUCUUUCUCAGUGAUGGUGUUAUUUUGACAGGAAGUUCUACUGGACAACCAGUCAAUCAACAGGAAGUGGAAGCUGUUCAGAAAUCAGUGAAUAUACCUGUGUUGAUUGGUUCAGGGGUGACAGCUGACAAUUACCCAGUUUACAAGUCGGCACAAGCACUUAUAAUAGGUUCAUACUUCAAGAAAGGACAUCACUGGGAUGGUGAUAUAGAUGAAAAUGUUCUAACUGACUUUAUGGAUUUGGUUAGGAAAGAAAGAUCUUCAGUACCAUGAAAUAAAUGAUUCUUCAUAUUAUAAUAGUUAGUGGUGCUAGUCAGUGUGUUAAUUAUCUGUGAUUAUAUUUACAUUCCUCCUAGCUUCUUAUCAUUACCUCAGAUGUGAAUACAGCUUUAUGUAUAGAUUUAAUUUAAAAUUUAUUGAAUAAAGAGAGUGCAAAUUUA